AAUUAUUUUAUAUUAUCAUUUAUUUAAUCGUAGAAUAUAAUAAUAUUUCUAGAUUUAUCAAGAAAAAAAUUAAAAGAAAAAUUUAUUUCUCAUGGUUACUUAGAGUUCUAAAUACCAACUUCAGAAAAGGUUUACUAAAAUAUUGAGAAAAGAAAGGAAAAGAAAAAAGAGGGUAACUACACUUAAAAGGCAAUCCAAGAAUAUAAUUUGAAAUCAAGAAUCAUGGGUAUCUAACUAUUUUUACUUGUCUCUUACAUUCAUAUAUGAUUUGUAUAAAUAGGUACGUACCUCUUAAUAGGUUUACAGGAAAAAAACACAAAACAAUGUAUUAAAUAACAUCACCUGUAAACGAAAUCCAAGAAAUUAAAUUUGAAGUCAUCUUAGAGUCCUGAAUAUCUGAACCCUGGAGUGGUACUCUUAGAAACUCAGGACCCGCAAAGCAUACAAUUAGGCAACAUGCAGGGCCACAUAUAGAUUUUGUAUGCUUAUGGAAUUUAAGUGCUUAUUCUUCUAUUUAUUGGUGCAUGCAUGAGGUUUGGUUUCCCUCAAAUUACUUAUCUUUUAUAGAGCAACACUGCUUAAGGAGAGAAAUUGUUUUUGUUAUUUUUACAUGGCUGGAGACAAUGGUUUUGGGAGUGCUGAUCAUCAAGAUCAUGGAUUAAUCUCUGACAUAAUACAUGUCAAAGAGAUAGCAAGAGAUGAUCAUAUCACUGUCUUGUCCCCAGCAGCAGCUGCUCCUACUCUUGAAAUGGAUAGCUAUAAAUCUCUGCGUAGCAUUCCAGGUUGGUAUGCUGAUGUUCCCUGCGGGUGGCCAGGAGAGGCUCACUUGUAUAAGAUGGAAAAGGUCUUGUUUCAUGGGAAAUCAGAGUACCAAGACCUUUAUGUAUUUCAGUCAUCAGCCCACGGCAAGAUUGUAAUAUUGAAUGGGGCUCUUCAACUUACUGAGAAGGACGAAUUUGCCUACCAAGAAAUGCUCACUCACCUCCCACUUUGCUCCAUUCCAAAUCCAAAGAAGGUAUUGCUAAUUGGGGGUGGAGAUGGUGGAAUUCUAAAAGAAAUAUCUCGACAUUCCUCAGUAGAGCAGAUUGAUAUAUGUGAAAUUGACCAAAUGGUGAUUGAUGCUUAUAAGCGGUUCUUCCCUGACAUAGCAAUUGGGUACAAGGAUCCUCGAGUUAAUCUGCAUAUAGGCAAUGGAAUUGAGUUCCUGAAGAAGGUAACCCAAGGCACUUAUGAUGCUAUAAUAUUGGACGCAUUCCAAUGCGUUGGACCGGAAGAAGAAGAAGUUGCUGAUAAAUGCUUCCUGCAAUCGGUGGUGAGGGCUCUCCGAUCGGGAGGGGUUAUGUCUUGCCAAGCAGACAGCUUGUGGCGCAGAGAAUUUUCACUUGCUGAUUGCAUAGCAAGAUGCCGCAAGGAGUUUAAAGGUUCUGUUAGCUACGCUUGGUGCACAACUCCUGCAUACGUCAGUGGGAUGAUUGGUUUCAUGCUUUGCUCAACUGAGGGGCCGCCUGUGGACUUCAAACACCCGAUAAAUCCAUUAAAUCCUGAGAAUUAUGGUGUGGCUAAAGGACCUCCCAUGUUUUACAACUCUGAGAUUCAUACUGCUGCGUUCUGUCUGCCAUCUUUUGCAAAGAAGAAGAUGUUUGGUUCCAAAAUCUGACUAACAAGACGAAUGAGAUCUGAUAAUAGCUAGUUUCCUUGUUUUCAUUUAAUAUAAAGUAGUUCCAAGAACGAAAAAUUUAUACACUGAUUUAAGUAGCAGAAUGCAAUCAACCACAGCAAAGCUUCUUUCUCUCUCUUAAUAUAGUGCUGCUUGCUUGUGACAAGUUGUCGUGAAUACCAUUGAAUUUGGAGCCUUA